CUCACCGGAACCGGAAAGUUCUUCACUGGUGGCGCCAUGUGCGGAGGAGAGUCGGCGUGGUGAGCUUGGGAAGACAGACUUUUAUAAAUAUGAGAUUUUAGCACAAAGUUACAUGUACAGAUAAACUUCAAUAUAGUAGGUAAAUCGCUGCAAUGAGUAAGAGCAAGACUAAGAAUCAGAAAAGAGCCCGAAUCAAAUCUCUCCACGAUGCUCAAGAGAGUUACUCAACAGUCCCCCACUCUUUUGUUUUUAAUCGUGGUCAAGUUGGGAAGAAUGUCAGUCAGCUUGUCGAGGACAUGCGGAGGGCGAUGGAGCCCUUCACUGCCAAGUCACUUAAGGUUCGCAAAAAGAAUGUACUGAAGGACUUUGUUACUGUUGCUGGGCCUCUUGGGGUGACACAUUUUUUGAUGUUUUCUAAGACCACCAGCAAUGUAAAUUUUAGACUUGCUCGAUUACCAAGAGGACCAAUGUUAUACUUUAAUGUGCAGCAGUAUUCCCUAAUAAAAGAUGUUGUCUCUGCCUUGAAACGUCACAGAAUGCAUGACCAACAGUUUACCCAUCAUCCCUUGCUGAUUCUGAACAACUUUGGGAUGCAGGGUAUGCAUAUUAAGCUUAUGGCCACUAUGUUCCAGAACUUGUUCCCCUCCAUCAAUGUCCAUAAGGUGAGCUUGAAUGCCAUAAAGAGGUGCAUCCUGGUCAAUUACGACCCUGAAACAGAACUGAUUGAUUUCAGGCAUUACAGUUUAAAAGUUGUCCCUGUCGGCAUGAGCAAAGGAAUGAAGAAAUUAAUUCAGGAAAGGUUUCCAAACAUGAGCAAAUUGGAAGACAUUAGUGAACUUCUAAUGACUGGAGCCAACUUGUCAGAAAGCGAAGCAGAAUUGGAUGGGGAGCACAAUAUCACUGAGCUCCCACAAGUUUAUGCUGGUCGUGGAAACAUGAAGUCUCAACAAAGUGCUGUGCGUCUCACAGAGAUUGGUCCCCGAAUGACACUGAAGUUAGUCAAAAUAGAAGAAGGUUUAGGUGAUGGGAAAGUUCUUUAUCAUAGUACUGUUCAAAAGACCGAGGAAGAGAUCCAAGAAAUGUUGGCACGUAAGGAGAAACAGAUGAAACUGAAAGCAGAAAGGAGAAAACUGCAAGAGAAGAAUGUGGCAAUGAAAAAAGAGCAACGAGAAGAACACAAGAAGAAAAGUCUAGAAGGCAUUAAGAAGAAACAAAAGCAGCUGAUGGGAGAGGAAGGUGACAGUGAUGCAGAGAAUCCCGGAGCAUCUGAAGAGCAAGCUGCAGCUGCGAUAUCUGAUGAGGAUGAAGCAGAGUACUACAGACAGGAAGUUGGAGAGGAACCAGAAGAAGAUAUGUUUCCUACUCACUCCAAACGUAAAAUAAAAGGACAGAAGUCUCCACAUCCUCUGAAGAAAAGAAAACUGUCUGAGACCAGAAAAGCAAAGCCAACCAGAGCAGACUUUCCUAAGGGGAAAAGACCGAAGAGAGACAAGGAACCAAAUUUCAAGAAGAGCAAGAAGGCAGAAAGACGCGCAGACAGGCCUGGAGCACCCCUUAAAGGAAAGAAGGGGAAGUUCAAACCGAGUUUCAAGAGAAAGACACCAUUUAGUGGCAAGCCAGGAGGUAGCAAACCAUUUAAAUGUAAAAAUAAAAAGUGACUGUAAAAUGAUGAUUAUUUAAACUUUGGCAUCCUCAUAUUGAGGUAAUUUGGAGAACUCCUAAUUGCUUUGGUUGAUUAAGGCAGACUUUCCCCUGAAGAGCUGCUGUCUGAUUUUUACAUCAUUGUCAGAGUACAUCUAUAGUGCCAAGUCUGUGGAUGUGUAGCAGCAGUAAUUAAUUGAUUUUUGGGUUUAGGCCUGAUCAAAAAAACGAAUAAAUGUUCUUCUGAGGGACAAAAGUGCAUUAGUGGUUAAUACC